AUGGUUGGAUGGUGCGCCUUUUCUUGGGCAGAUCUGCACCCACCAGGAAACGCUCACGCCCGUGAUGGCGGUGAUUUGUUUCAGGAUGUGCUCAAAAGCUUGGAGCUUUCCUUGCAUUGUAAUGGGAGCGAAACGAGAAGCUAUCUCAAUGCCCGCGACGUUCUACCUAAGCAGUCCCUGAACUUUGGCAUUGACUGCCUCAGGGUUGGUGAGGGGGGUUUGGCGAGGAUGGAGGGACGCUUUUGUAUUCGUAAAUGUGAAUGGCGGGCCAUCCAUGCGGUCCGGCAUCUUGGGUGCUUGGCCACAACAACAAGGGUGCCCAAGAGUGGAGAAACAUAG